AUCCACUUUCCCAGCACCUAUUCCAGGGUUACUGGCGGACGCACUGUAAUAGUUUAUGUGCGUUGGUUAAUCAUCUAACCCAGACAUUUUCAGAAGAGCGGAGAAACAGCCAGAAUAUUCCAGCUCUUGGAGACUCUUAUUGCUCACUGUUCUCAGAUCGUAUUCCAGAGCCCUUCCAGCCCAGCCGUAGCCUCCCUCGUCAGUCUAUAUAUUACACAGAGGGAAGCAAGAGCGCAGAAUGGCUCAGUUCACCGUCCCAAGCUUUGCGAUGAAGGUUUCUCCCAAUACGAAGACCGACGCCGACGCUCUUCCACCGGGCUGGGAGGUUAAGAUUGACCCCCAGACCGGCUGGCCUUUCUUCGUCGACCACAACACCAGGACGACAACGUGGAGUGACCCGAGACUAGAGUCACAGAAGGAAAGACAAGGCGUUCACAAUGGCCCUCAUCCAUCGGGAUAUCCACAGCCCUCACAAGAUCACUCGAAACUGUGGCAUGGCAAGGAAUCCGGGUCUUCUAGGCCUCAGCUUCGUCCGGGCUACAUUCCCAUCCCAGUGAUCCACGAAGGAGUUCCUGAACAUUAUUUACAGAAAGUACACUACUCGCCCCAGCAGCCCGACGUGCAGAGACUUAAAAGUGAAGGCAGAGCACCCUCCCUAUUACGGGCACAGUCUCCAUCCAGGCUCUCUGCAAGAGCUGAGUCACCUGCUGGGUCUCCAUUGGAAGCUACACAAGCAGAUAAACAGAGUGGACAAACAACAGCAGCUGCCUCUACUCAGCCUCAAGGGUUGGAGAGUUCACUGUUCCAAACUAGCCCCCAGACAUUUUCAUCACCACAGCAAAAUCGAUCAAAAUUAGGAAAUUCCCCGCGGUCUUCAGGUUAUAUUUCUAUACCAGUGAUCCACGAAGGCGUUGGAGCCAAGCCAACUCAGCAAGUGUAUCCCCCUUCUCAUCAGGCGCAGUACUCAGGCCAACAUAGCCAGCUCCCAGUGCAACAGGCUCAGUACCCUGCGCAACAGGCACCCCACCCUCCGCACCAGGCAGAGCACCCAACCCAACAAGUACCUCACCCCGUGCAGCAGGCCCAAUACCCCGCCCAGCACGUGUACCAUCCUGGCCAAGCUGUACAGUACCCUUCCCAGCCAGCACAGUUCACAGUCCAGCAGCCACACCCAGCUGCCUACAAGAUUUCCCCCGAUGACUGGGGGACAACCAGAGCUGGGGCACAGUCACCGUUAAGAAUGACUCGAAAGGAACCAUCAAGUCGUGAGAGUUCUCCAGCCCGGAUGUCAACACAGGGUCGAUCACAAUCACCUAUGGAGAGACCACAGGUUGCCCAGCAACGGGUACAGCAUCAAGAGCCACCCAGAAUGCAACAAGAGAGCAAGGCAGGUUCCUCUGGAUCAGAGCAUCCUCCAGCGUAUAUCCCAAUUCAAGUCAUCAGGCAGCAACCACAUAAACCUCAGCCUAAACCGGAGAAAGCUGAGAGGAGUACUCCAUCCCCUGCACCAGGCAGCACCCAGCUUGCAGACAGUGUGCCUGAUAAACAGUCCAUUGCCACUGAAGCAACUCAGAAGCACCCAGGCCUAAUGAAGGUAGAGAAAAUCCUUCAGAAAGUUCAGAGGCUUGAGGAAGACGUGUGUUUAUUUGAAGGAACAGGAACAGAUAAACACUAUUUGUUGAUUGAAGAACUGCUGACCAAAGAGCUGCUGGCCCUUGAUUCCGUAGACCCUGAGGGUCGGGAUGAUGUACGACAGGCCAGAAGGGAUGGCGUGAAAAAGGUUCAAAACCUUCUAGAAAGGCUGGAAGAGAAAGCCAGUAUGGGCCCAGAAAACAAAAGCUUUCCUGAGCCUCAGCCAGGGAAUACGGAAGGAUCAACUCAGAUGUAUUCUGCAGAACAAGACAAGAGCCACACAACAACUCCUGCCAAAGAAUCAGAAAUGGAAACUGAUCCAAGCAAAAUCAGCCCAAUGAAACCUAGUGAUGCCUGCAACUUUAAAGAUAUUUCGGAUAAAAAUGAACAUUAGUCCUUCAAGAUCAAAAGUGUUGUGAUGUUUUAACAAUGCAUGCCACCAGGAAACCUUUCCAUAAUAUUCUGCCCCAGUAUUAUUUCUCUGUCAUCAAUAUGGGGAGAGAAAAUUACGAAAAUGGAACUUUAUCAGUUAAUCCUUGCAAGGCAUCAGUUACUUGCAAUCAAAAUAAAAUAUCAUCGGUGGGUUGUUAAUCACAUGUUAAGCACGCAUCGGAUUUGCAAUGUUUCCUGUGUACUCUCUCCUUUAAGAUUAACCUAGCCAAAGUUACAUAAGUAUGCCACAUGAUGUUGACUUAGAAAUCCUUAUGAAUUGCCAGAAAACAACCUGAGUUAUACACGUUACAUUUUGCCUGUGUCAGUUUAGUCACUGUUGGGCACUUUAUGAAAGAUUAUUUAAGAGAUUGAAGAGAGUUUGAAUAGAGCCAUAUAGAUUGAAGUUUCUAUAUUGUAUAAAGGAAGCAAUAAAUAUAGAUUGCAUUUGCA